CGCGGACAUUUUUUAAGAGCAAAAAUGUAAAAUGUCUUGUCAAAAUGAAUGCAUUUUCUCCAUUAAAUCUUCCGGUCCAUUUUGUAUAAAAGCCUAAGAUAAGAUAAAGGGGCUUUCAUUUCAAAUUUCGUGCCAGCAAGAACAAGUGUUCCCGCCAUCCUGAAGCUUUCUUUCUGGAGGACAAUCUUUAUCUCUUUCAAAGAGUUGACAGCGAAUUAGACUAAGUCUUACGCCUCAAGAGAGAUGACGGAAAACGCGAAUGAUGCCUCGACAUUUCGUGCUUGGUCUCUGAGUCGACAAAAAUGUAUCGUCGUAACAGACGAUGGUGGAAAGAAGGCUCCUAAAUGUACAGGAACAGGAGAUGAUUCAGAAAAAAAAAGUCAAUUUACAAUGGUACUCAACACCGCGAACCCAAUUUUCGACGAAAACUCCGUCCACUUGGUGUUCACUGAAGGCGAUCAGAAGUACACUUUGGUUCCCGACUUAGAAAGUGACACAAUUGUAUCCGCGAACUAUGAAGAAUCUUCAAAACAUAUUGGAGCCUUCGUUAAAGAUUCCUUUGGGCAAGGACCUACUUAUGCUCUUAGGGUUGCACGGAGUCAGAAGUGCAUUGCUGCGAACAAAGAUGGCUUCCUGUCGCUGAGACCAUUUGAUCGGGUUUAUCCUCAUCCGGACACAAUUUUUUUUCUAUCUAAAGUUUCCGCAGAGUAAGCAAUGGUCAGGUCAAUAUUUAGUUGGUGCCAUCCUCUGAUGAGACAAUAAGGAUGCUUUGGAGCUUUCCAUAUUUUUGGCGCAAAAAAGGAUGGCAUUCAAAUAAAUGAUAAGGCAUUUGUUGUAUUGUUAAUAGAAACCAUUAGAACAUAGCUAGCAGAGCCGCGAAAACAAAUUCAGUAUACGUAAGCGUGAUCAAAAUCUCGAUAGUG